UUUGGUUUACGGUUUAGUUGUGAGGUGAGUCGCAAGGCAGCAGCACGCAAUUGUUAUCACGUGAGAGGUCACAAUGGUGUCUGACGGUCUCGUCGGCGAGCAGCGUCCAGCUUGCGAGAUCCUUUGAAUUCGCCACGGCGAACAGCCCGUUGCACCUGCCGCAUUUGUCCUACUGACCUGACGACGACGAGACUCGGCGAACUCUCGGUGUAUUAGAAACUUGGUCGCAAAACAUUACUCAAGAUGACGGAUUACUGGCUGAUAUCGGCACCGGGUGACAAAACCUGUCAGCAGACAUGGGAAACUAUGAAUAACUUGACAUCCAAGCAGCAUUCACUGUCAGUGAACUACAAAUUUCACAUCCCAGACCUGAAGGUUGGAACGCUGGAUCAACUGGUCGGCCUAUCGGAUGACCUCGGCAAACUUGAUGCAUUCGUGGAACAAGUAACACGUAAGGUGGCGACAUAUUUGGGGGAGGUUCUGGAGGACCAGAGGGACAAGCUGCAUGAAAAUCUGAUGGCUAACAACAGUCAGACAUCAGUGGAGGGUGAGAGCUCGAGCCCCGAAGGGGGUCCGGACACCCCGCCAAACACCCCCGUUACACCAUCACACAAGACUACGAUGGGGCAUCACAGGCAGUGGAGGGAGUUGGAGAAGUCCGAGCCAGAGCCGGCCGCCUGUUUAGGUGAUCUGCCAUCAUAUAUAACUCGAUUCCAGUGGGACAUGGCAAAAUACCCCAUUAAACAAUCUCUAAGAAAUAUCGCGGAUAUUAUCAGUAAGCAAGUCGGGCAAAUCGAUGCCGAUCUGAAAACUAAGUCCACGAUGUACAAUAAUUUGAAAGGCAGUUUACAAAAUCUCGAAAAGAAACAGACGGGAAGUUUAUUAACGCGAAAUUUAGCAGACUUAGUGAAAAAGGAACACUUUAUCCUGGACAGUGAAUAUUUAUCUACUUUGCUCGUGAUUGUACCGAAGUCCAACUUCCAGGACUGGUACGGCGGUUAUGAAAAAUUAACAGAUAUGAUUGUGCCGCGCAGUACACAACUGAUCACUCAAGAUGCCGAAUACGGACUGUUCACGGUCACUUUGUUCAAGAAAGUCAUUGACGAAUUCAAAUUGCACGCUCGCGAGAAGAAAUUUAUCGUGCGAGAUUUCACGUAUAACGAGGAGGAGUUGGCAGCAGGAAAAAAUGAGAUAACGAAAUUGGUGACCGAUAAAAAGAAACAAUUUGGUCCUCUUGUGCGCUGGCUGAAAGUGAACUUCAGCGAAUGCUUUUGCGCUUGGAUCCAUGUUAAAGCUCUGCGUGUAUUUGUCGAAUCUGUCCUUAGAUACGGCUUACCUGUCAAUUUCCAAGCAAUACUGUUGCACCCGCACAAGAAGUGCGCGAGACGAUUGCGUGAUGUUUUAAAUCAGCUUUACGCUCACUUAGACUCGUCUGCUACAGGCUCGACGGCUGCGCAACACAAUCAGGAUAAUGUAGAUAUACCAGGACUGGGUUUCGGCCAGAGUGAUUAUUUCCCAUACGUCUAUUACAAGAUCAACGUGGAUAUGGUCAACAAUAAAGUCUAAGGUCCACUUUACCGCUCCCCUCCCCCGUUCCCUCUAAGAGUCGCACGUCCUUUUAUUUGCGCUCGAACGAUAUAGUUCCCAAUUACAUCGUGAAUUUGGCAGCAGGUGCGUACGAGUUUUUCGCCUGUGUAUUUAUGUAUUAUGAGGAAAAAAAACUCUGCAUUUUCAGAAACUAUUUCUUCGGAUUUUUCUUUAGCCUUUACGUUAUAAUUACAUCGAUCGUUGCGAUUCACGUUGGAAUUAGUAGCCGCAUAGCUUCCCUCGGAAAUCGUUACUUUGUUAAGCCUCUAAACCGCGGAUUCAUGUAUAAACUGUAAUAUUACUCUGAACUGUGCAUAAUAGUUGGUGCAUUCCCUUAUACAUAUUUCCCUUAUGUAUUAAAAAAAAAAGAAAAAGAACAAAACUGUUGUAUGAUAACAAAGAUUAAGACCUCAGGCAAUCUUCGUCAGUCACGUACACUUUUGAUUUGUAACUUAUAAAGUCGACGCGUAGUAUCUGCAGUCGCAACCCCGUUCGAUCCCGUCAAUGAAUUCAGCUUGUUGGUACUUGAAAAUUUGGUAAGAUCGGAGGAACUGCGUAAUUUAUUUUAUACGAGUAACACGUGGUGGCAACACCAGGAGAUGCGUAUUGUUUUUAAGCAGCAACGCCGCAACGCGUGACUCUACCUGUCGAUCUACUGUACACAAACGUCGUUGAAACAUCGAUCCUUCAUUAAUAUGUAAGAGAUCAUAAUAUGUAAGAGAUUUACGCAAGAGCCCUAUAUACCUUAUUAUGUCUACGAAAGAAGAAUUGAGUUCACAUCGAGUGUGUCGUAUAUUUAAUGAGACGAAUGUUACAAUUUAGACGAGCGAGUCGAGCGGCAGGGCGACGCUGCGACGUCAAGCACAACGAUAAGAAUGACAGGUCGACGACAGGUCGCAGUGCGACUAUCAAGAUUCUUUUUAUGAUGUAAACGUCGCGACGCUACCAAUAGCUCAUCCACGCACGUUUACCGGCAACCGUCGACUCGGUACUUGUCGUCUCGCAGCUACUUUGUGACGUGAUUAUAUCUGCGCAACGACACACAUAUACACACACACACUGAAUCGACAGUUGUCGGUAGCAGUGCGUACAGAAUAUCCCUUGGUGUUUUCACGUCAAUGAGACCAUCGAUGAAAAUAUUGUUGUUGAAUACUGAAAUAAAUUUGGUCAUGCAUUCUCAUGAUGUCUCAUUGCGUCGGAUAUUUGAUAGCUAACGAAAGAAGGACGUUUUCAUGAUAUACAUGCAGGUAGCUUUGCGGAGAAUCGGUCUCGCGUCAUGUUGUCGUCCAGUCUUGAAAGAUUUCGAUAUCAAAUUGUGCGUGUCACGAUUAUUAAUUAAUGACCAAAUACUUUAACAGAUCGAAAGUAAUGGUAGAUUUACUGAAAACCAUGCAACUAUCGCGAACAUUGCGUGCUUGAUGAACUGGGCGAGUUUUUCUUUCUGUAGAACUUGAUUCCCAGAGGGACAAUAUUGAUAAAUCGUAUUAAGAAAUAUAGAAACGAAAGAUACUUGUUAUUGAUUGUAAUCGUUCGUAGAGAUGUAGACUAAUUAUGUUUUUUUUUUCGUUUAUCAUUUUUUCAUUCGACCUGAGUUAAGUUUGUCUACUUUUGAACUGAUGAUGUUACAAGCUGCACAACAAGUAUUCUUCAGAUAUCAUGAAUAUAUGAUAGAUAUCAUGUACAUUUCACGUUAUGUUACACAAAAAUCUAACAUAAAGAUGCAUUCGUUGAAAACAACUCAUGUUGCUGAAAUAAGCCUAAAUUCCUACAUUGAUCAUAGUGUAAAUUGCUUGUAUAUAAGAAAGUUCCAUGUAUAACGUGAUAUCAUGUAUUAUCGAACUCUCGUAUGUUACAUAUUGAGUUGCAAAAGUCAUGCAAUGUAUAAUGUUUUAACUAAGCAUAAGUUUAGCAGAAAUUGAUGACAAUACCAAUCACACGCUGUUUGCCUCUAAAGCCCACACAAAGGAAAAAUGAACGCUGGCAUGUAAUAAAAACAAAGAUAUAUUGGCAGUUCAAUACGUAGAUAUGUUAAAAAAAUAAAAGAUCAUACAGUCAAUUGACUUCUGUGAAUUGUAUAGGUAAAUGUAAUUGUAGAAAUAAUAAACAUUAAGUUCAA